GCUCGGGGCUGAUAUACUCUGUCGGAACAAAGGGGGUGAGCACUUCAUUUAAAGGAGGUAGAAAAUAUCAUCAAUUAAAAUACUAAUUAAAUAACAUUCCAUUACGUCAGUGCUGCCCAACGGGACCCAGUGCCAGUAUUCAGACAUUAGAAUAUCAUUUUUUUUUUAAAUUUUAAUUUAAAAAAAAAAAACUCUAACUCUCUUUUCCAAAGUAUAUUUGUCCGGCAUUCACUGUUUCCGGAACCCAAUACCGGAAGUCCGGAUGUGUUUUCAAACAUUGGACAGCAACAUGCAGGCUUUGAUGAUGGUUGCCCCACAACCCACAGCGGACCAAAUCUCCCUCCUUCAGUUUUGCAAGUACGUAAUUGUAUAUAUCUAAUAUUGAUAUAAAUUAUAUAUUAUACAAAAUAAAAAUAAAAACAACCAUACAGGGGAAGCUAUUUACGACUUCAAACGAUAACAACGGGAUGGGGGUUCUUCGUGGUGCGAAAAGUUUAAUAUACUAGACGCAAUCGUUUCACGCGACCACACACCGUCGGUAGUUAAUUGAACACAUGAACAAUUCCAAUACCUUUUUGUAUCGUUUUGAAGUUUUCCCCUCGAUCCCUGCAUCUUUUCAGUAUUCGCCUGGAGCACGUCAACUGUGAGAUGGGGGCCUGGGCCAGACACCAGUACCAGACGUGUGCCCGAGUGGUCACUGGGAUGAGAACUGAACUGGAAUGUGAGCUCAUCCCAAAACAAUGCAUGCAGGUAGGUUGGGAACCCGUGGCCAAUCUUUCUUAGACGAGGGGAAAGAAAUUAAUUAGGGUCUCCUGUGAUGUGGUGGCACUGAGAAGUUGGAUUUAAAAAAAUAUGAGGUAGUCUACAUGUAUAUCGGAUCAAUUAAAUGAAUCACGAAUGAGCCAAAAUGUAGUGUAUGUGUAAGGGCCCCUGUGUGUAAAGUCACGAUCAGGAUUUUAUAGUCUUGUUUUAACUUGAAGCUGUUGACUGCAGCACUCUCUUAAAAUUAAGCUUUAUUUAACCGCCACUUAGUCCCAUCUCCAAUAUGUACGUUUCAAUGACAGAUUCCCUUCUUUAACCUUCUGACAUAGUCGAAGCUAGCAGCGUCCUUGACCCAUAUUUUAACUAAGACUAUCUACACCCUCAGGCGUUCCCGAGUGUGUUCGGUAGCCUGUGCAGUAAAAUGAACUUCUACUACGACGAGAGGAAACCCUACAACGGCGCACCUGACGUGUGGCAGACGCAACGAACUGCCGCCAUCUUGGCUGCACUCUUGUCCCUCUCCAGCACACUCUCGAUCAAGUGGUUGUAGCGGUACACGAUCUCACCAAAAUGCCCCAAUGCAUACUGUUGUACUCCAUGUUCCCCAGAUAUUUAAAAAAAAAAAAUAUUUCAGUGUCUUAAUCAAGGGUUCUUAAGAUCUCGUGUUCGGCUGCCUAAACAAAAAGCCUCGUGUUCAGGACUACACAAAAUGCAC